UGUCAAAAUUGCGUGGUCGGUGAUGACUGAUGUAAUAGUGCACACUGCAAAGUAGAUGUAGCGGUAUGUCCAUGCAUGAUGCACAAUAUUCAAGUAAUCUUUCAUAUUACGAGUGGACAUGCAAUCAUCCGUGAUAUCGGCUACUUUUUUAUCCUAAUUGUGUUUAAACGUUGCCUGCACUUUAUUUGUGACGUAAAUAAGUGUGCAAUGGGCUCGUGAAUGUUCGAAUUGAACCACGCAAUUUCUAAGAAUAUUUAUAUAAACAAUGGCUGGAACCACUUUACCCGAAAGGGUUGCACAGAUAUAUUAUACGUAUGGUCUCUUCUGUUCAUCAUACCCCUUUGUGGCAAUAACGUUUGCACUCUCUGUUAUCCUAGUAUGUUGCUAUCCACUAUUAAAUGUCCCUCUACCAGGAAAUAUACCAACUGUUGUAAAUCUGAAUCUAAAUGAACAUCAUGUAGCAACUGACUGCAGUGCCAAGAACUGUCCCACAGGUUCAUCAUUCCAAUUAGAGUUAUUACAUAAUGAAACACAGAAACUUCCCUAUGUUUGGGUAAAAGACAAACCACUGCUAUACAUUCAUCAAAUCAUAAUGAGAAUAGGAGUGUCACCUUGGAACAAUAAUCUGAAAAUGUGGGAUGCAUUCCGAGCACCUCUGCAAGAAGUAUUUCGAUUACUGGAAACUGUUCGCAAUCAUGAAGAUCCUGAAACAAAGGAAACACUAUUGCAGCACUGUUACCAAAUCGAAGGUAUUAAGCGACGGGACAGCAAAGCGAGCAUCGAACGCGUCCUACCGGAGUAUAGCUGUCUCCUUCUAUCUCCAGCAAAUCUAUGGCAACAAAGUCUACAAUCUUUCUCUCUGGACGCUAACAUUGUUAAUACAAUUUACGCAUAUCAGAAUCUUCAAAAAGGCAAAGCAUCCAUAGCGGAAAUGGCGUUCGGCAUGCACCUGCGUGACGCGGGCAUCAAGCGGUAUCCGCUGCGUGUCCGGCCGCGAGUGUUACAAUAUGCCGUCACAAUAUUCUACCAGCACGUCGACCAACGAUAUAUCGAUUCACUGUCUAAAAAGCUGAAGGAAAUGUAUCCACUAUACCAGGACACGCCCCAAUCCCACCCCGAAGAGAUGACUCUCGUGUACUACCCGGGACAGUUUAAUUACCACGAACUGGUACCUCUGAUGAUUACCUUCGUGGGUAUUUUUCUAUACGUAUACUUCUCGGUGCGAAAAAUUGAAUUUAUAAAAUCAAAGUUUGGUCUCGCCGCCUGUGCUGUGCUCACGAUUGCUGGAAGUCUAUCAAUGUCGAUGGGAAUAUGUUUCUAUUUCGGAUUUUCACUGAGCUUACAAGGAAAAGAAAUAUUCCCUUAUUUAGUGAUAAUUGUCGGUCUAGAAAACGUGCUAGUGCUCACGAAAAGCGUAACAUCGACGGAUUCCAGGCUCGACGUUAAGAUACGACUCGCUCAAGGCUUAAGCAAAGAAGGGUGGUCGAUCACAAAAAAUCUUUUAACAGAGAUAACAAUUUUGACAGUCAGUUUCUUUACAUUUGUGCCGUUUAUUCAGGAGUUUUCAAUAUUCAUGAUCGUCAGUCUCAUUUCGGACUAUUUCAUACAAAUGGUAUUCUUUGCAACGAUACUCGGUAUCGACGUGAGGCGGAUGGAAUUUUAUCCCGAACAAAAUUCCAAGUUACAUUUAAAAGAGUACUUCAGCGCGAAUAACGCUCUGAAUUGGCGAUUCAAUAAGAUCUACUCGGAGGAAAAUCAUUUUUCGCCGCAAAGAAUGACCAAGUCAAAAUCCCACCCUAGACUUAAUGGCUUAGCACAAAACAGUCCAACAGAUGUGGUGGCUAAAAGGAACUCAAGUUCGAGCGUUCAAGAUAACAGAGUACCAAAAAGGAUAAGACUCGUCAACAUGUGGGCAAGGACGAGAUUUUUCCAGCGAGCGUUCAUGGUUUGGAUGCUGGUGUGGAUAUCGAUGAUAGUGUACAAUUCUGGAAUCGUCGACUACUUUAUAACUACUGUGGAGAAACCGAACGGCAGUGCAGAGUAUCAGAAACAGUUGAACGAGAGGAACGAAACGAACAAGGAAAUGUAUAUGAUGUAUAAUGGCAGUGGCCGGCACCCCUUGGUCUUUUCACCUUUGCUAGAGUCUACUGAGUCAGAUAAAGGAGCAACGGACGCGAAUGACACGAUUUUAUUGAAGCAUUCGUCUCAUUACUGGGCUUUGUCCAGAUUGUCACCGUACCAUUGGUCCGCGAUUCUGUCGCAGUACAAUGAGUCAGUGGCGGGCAGGUACGUGGUGGUCUUACCGCCGGUUCUGGUAAGUCAUCGCGUCGGACCAGAGCUAGCAGCGGGGUUGCGUCACCCGGACGAGCGAGACCCGCCGCCUCUCCGCUGGCAGGCAUUAGCAGCUGCUCUCGAUCCCAUUGAAAUAUUACCUGAAUUUGACGUUAUCGACGGCAAAAGCCCGGGCCACCAAUGGGGAAAAGGGAAUGAUCUGCCGAUAUACCCGACAACUCCCAUGGAAAUUCUUCUAGUAGCAAUCCUUUGUAUAAUAAGUGUUACUGUUAUUGCAUACAUGAUGGUAGGGCUUUACAGAUGCAUCUGUUCGAGGCACUAUGCAGAAUGGCGUGCUUCAUGGAGCGAAGAUGACGAAUAUAAGAAGAUCAUCGCCAAGCAACCCGCUGUUCAAUUGGUAAUGGAAGCUGUACCGCUAGUAGUCGCCGGCCACAGUCAAGAAGUAGAAUGUGUUGUGACUGACGGCGAAAAAGUAGUCAGCUCGUGUCUACAAGGCAACAUCAAAGUGUGGGAUUCGUUAAACGGUGAAUUAAUAUCGAAUAUAGAUCGUUACUCUUACUUCAAAUUUCAAACGGAACUUUUUGAAAAAGUUCACUCGAAACAAAACAGCACCGAUGAUCGAGAAAUUACAAUAGAAUCGUGUCAGUCUUCUGAUGCAGCGAUUCUACAAACAAAUGAAAAUGUUCCUCGACUUAGACGGGGCUUAAGCAGUCACCUGAGCGGUUUGACAUUCCGAGCUAAUCAAGCUGACAACUCCUACCCGUCUGCAGCCGAGAACACAAAAUACGAGUUUGCCAAAGCCUACAGAGACCUCUAUUACACUGAACAGAGUGACAUUUAUGAACUAAACGAGAAAACAAAUUCCGAAGUAAAUAAUUCAUGUAUAAACAAACAAGACUUAAAUGCAGCUUUUAAAGACAGUGAUCUUAGUGAUGAAAGUGUUUUUAUUUUCGAUAGAAGUGAUGAUUCUAUCAAUAGUUUAAGGAAUAGAGGCGGUAGUAAAAUUAAUGCUAGGACUUGUAGUGAUGCCGAAAACGCGCCAAAUACAAGUUGGAGGGGUAGGGCGAUGCGGGAGUCGCCCGUGUGGUGUAUGGACUUUUGCAACGACCUCGUUAUCUUGGGGUGUGCUGAUGGGAGGUUGGAGUUCUGGGAAGCUAGUACUAGUAAAUUAUUGAAUGUGUGGUGGUUUAACGAGUGGCGCUCGGGGGGGAAAGGGGUGACACACGUACGCGCCCUGUCGGGAGCGAGACGCGUGUGUGCGGCCUCACUCUCGGGCCACCUCACACUAUUGCGUCUCGACGCAUAUAACGCACAGUCCGGCGCACACGUUGACUGGCGAUUCAGCACAGCACAUAGGAGAACACACCAGCGGUUGGAUGACGAGCAUAAAGAUCGCAUGAACUUCUCUUACGACGCAGACCACGCUGAAAAUGAUGAAAUUGUGUGCGUCCGAAUCGCACAAUCUAGACCACACCAGCAACCAAUCACAGAGCUGCAUUCCGAGGGCGGUCGUAUCCUCACCGGUGGUCAGGACCAUGUACUCAAGGUAUUUUCAAGUUCUGAGUUGACUCCGCUAUUGACACUGCACGGUCAUUGCGGACCUAUAACCAGCUGCUUCAUCGACCAUGCCACGCCCACCAUCGCGGGCAGUGGCUCGCAGGACGGACUGCUUUGCGUAUGGGAUUUACACACGGGGGCGUGCGUGUAUAGCAUGCAAGCGCACGACGGCGCUGUGACGUCACUUGCGUACACUGCAUCAUACGUCGUCUCUGCGGGAGCGGACGAGCGCCUCUGUAUCUGGGACCGAUUCCAAGGACAUAUGCUUAACUCAAUACACAUCGGUCUAAACUAUAUGAGUCGCAUGCUGCCUUUAACCCAUACUUUGCUAGUGAUGGGCGACCGCAGCGGCCUCACCGCUUACGACCUGAGCAGUGGUGACGUCAUAAGAAGAGUGUUAUUCGGUCAGAGUGACGGGUGUAUCUUUGUACGGCAGAUAUUGCCGCUUAAGGACGCGAUAGUGUGUGACUACGCAAACCAGCUGCGAAUCGUCCAGUUCCCGCUCGUGUCAAAACUAGACAUGAAAAAUGAAUAACCCUAGGCUAUCGACAUCGGUCGAUUUCGCUUGUAUUCCUCUUAGGAAAAUCGCAACAGUAAACUUACUAAGUGUCUUAAAUAUAUAUCGACAUAUAAUUAUUAUAUAUGUAACUUACACCGAGUGUAAAGUGAAGAGUUAAAACAGUAGUUAUAUUUCUUAGUAAGAUGAUUUUUAUAUGUAUACUACUUGUGUAGUAGUCGUUUUAUGGACAUUCGACUUUAGUCAAAUAAGACAAGGUGAAGUUUUUUAUCUAAAGUUCCAUGUAUAUACUUGAAUGUUCACUACGUGUUAUAAACUGUGACUUUCUAUAGGCUUGGGUGACACAAACGCCGUACAAAUAUUAUAACUUUGCCCUUCGGAUAUCAGACUUAAAGAUCAGUGUUAAAAUUUUAAACUCUAUAGAAUAACUUUAUCAAAUCAGCGAUAAUUUGUAAGUUAAAACAGAUAUUUAUAGAAAUUCAAACUGUAAAAAUCUUCCAAUCUAAAAU